AUGUCCGCUACGAACCAAAUAUCGCGGACCACAAUCCAGUUGUAUCGUGAUUCCCUGCGUCUUGCCAAACACAUUGGUGGCAACAGCAAGAAGGGCCAAGCCAUCAAGGAGCUUGUACGACGGGAGUUUGAGAAAGGUCGCAAAGAGACAGACCCCGAGAAGAUUGAGGCGCUUAAAGCCAACGCCAUCCGUGGACUAAGUAACUACCUGAUGCUGGCUAAUUCCAGUAAGGACCAACGACUACACGAUGCUUUGUACAAAAACUCUCCGCCCAAGGACGAUGGUCCAAUGCAGGCUGAGUUUCGAGACUUCUAA